AUGUACGGCACCAAGCUGGAAACGAUACGACGCAUCCACGCCGACGGCAAGAUGGCAAUCCUGGACGUCGAACCACAGGCCUUAAAAAUACUGCGCACAGCCGAAUUCACACCGUACGUUGUGUUCAUCGCGGCACCGCUGCUGCAAAACAUUGCUGAUCUUCCCGAGAUCAAAAUUCCCGAAUUCGGCGGAAAAUCGGAUGAAUGGAUCGAGUUCCGCGACUUGUUCAAAGCCUUAGAACACUCCAACAAUCAAAAGCUUCACUAUUUACGUAGCGCGUUGAAAGGUGAAGCAUCUCGUUUGAUUUCGUCAUUUGCUAUCACUUCGGAAAAUUGGAAUUCGUUCCUAGUGGAGCGCUUGAGUAGUCUGCUGGAUGAGAAAUCUUUGAUGGAUUGGGAGGCGCACUGUGAUGACAAUUGUGAGGCCUUUUUGAAACUAUCACCAAACAAUCGGUUGGAUUUCGUCAAAAAACAUCAACUUUGCAUAAACUGCUUGCGAGGAGGACAUCUGGCUAAAGACUGCCGCAGUAGCCUAUGCAGGACGUGUGCAAAGAAACAACAUAGCUUACUGCACCUACCCCCAAUUGCAUCUGUCCCGAGCGUUGUGGAAGAAAGGCCUUCUACUUCAACAACAUGCAGAGCUGUUUAUUCAUCAGACAGUAGCUUCCCUCUGGCAGGAACUUCGUUUUCGGGAUCGGUAGCACCGUCGGUGGUGCCUUCGCGUAAUUCACCACAGGCAAACGUGUCGUCGUCGGGAUCGUCGGUAGUUGUAUCGUCUCUGCAGUCGUUCGCCGUUAGUAGCUUCUCUCCCUCGUCGUCGGUUUACUCGAAAGAUCGGUCCGAGUCUAAUGAACCACUUCCCUCUUGCUCUUACGAUACCGUGAUGUCGCCCACUCUAUCCAACAAGCCACGAGAUGCGAUGGUGUUUUUAUCUACUGCGAUGGUACGAGUACAGGAUGCUGAUGGUAUUGGUCACUACGCCAGAGCCCUUCUCGAUAGUGGAUCACAAUCCAAUUUCGUAUCAGAGUCUUUGUGUCAGAAGUUGGGAUUGAAGCGCACUUUUAUUAAUCUACCCGUGAGCGGCAUUGGUCAAGCAAUGGUCAGUAAAACUGUGCUCGGUUACGUGGUCUGUGGAAAAUAUUCAACAAGCGCUAUCAGAACGGUGGCAUGUCAUGUUGCCACUGAUCAAAAUUUAAAUACCCAACUAGAGAAGAUGUGGGAGAUCGAGAAUUUCGAUGUCGGAAAGACUCUCAACCAGAUAGAACAGGAUGUUGAAAAACACUUUCUUCAAACCGUGUCACGCGAUACUACUGGGCGGUACAUUGUACGUCUUCCUUUUUGGGAGUCCAUGGUCCCGCUGUUAGGAGACUCUUACGACCAAGCAGUACGACGUUUUCUGUUUAUGGAGAAACGGUUCGCUCGAGACAACGAUCUGCGUGACGAAUAUGUAAAGUUUAUGGACGACUAUGAACGAUUAGGGCAUAUGGAAGUUGGUUCUCGUGUCGCGGGCCCGCAGUAUUUCCUCCCGCACCAUGCCGUUCAUCGGCCAGAAAGCAGCACGACAAAAACUCGGAUUGUCUUUGACGCUAGCAGCAAAGGAUCCAGUGCCCUUUCUCUCAACGAUAUUCUUCACACUGGCCCCACUGUACAACCACCACUGCUAUCCAGCGUUUUUAAUUUCCGGAUGCCGCAGUACGUCUUCAAUGCGGACGCGGAAAAAAUGUUUCGCCAAAUGUGGGUGCAUCCUGAGGAUCGGCGGUAUCUAAAGAUCGUAUGGCGUCGGGAACAAUCUAUGCCACUGCAAGUCUAUCAGCUGAAAACGGUGACUUAUGGACUUGCUUGUUCGCCGUACCAAGCUGCGCGGGUGCUCAUCAAGCUUGCCGAAGACGAUGGUCACAACUACCCUCUCGCUGCGGAUGUUGUAAUACUGAAAGUCCUCUUGUCUAGACGUUAUUGA